AGUUGUGAGCCAAUUCUCGAACGAAAAGGACGUCUCUUUCUUACGCGAAUAAUCACAAAAAGUGGUUUAGAUUUGCUCCUUUCAUUUAAUGUCGUCAAAGUUUACGACAAUCAUCGACAUGUGUGCAACUAAGCAAAAUAGAUUGCAAAAACCUUGUUUCGAAGCUGUUGUUAACGAGGAGUUUAGUUCUGAUUGGCCCACGUGGUGCACAGCAUUAAUGAAGAUGGCGGAAAAUCUUUUCCCUUCACAAAAGGUACUUUUGAAUAGAGGUUCUCCACUUAUUCGCUCGGCAAAGAGAAUAAAUUGGGGAACGUGGAAUCGUCACACAGUGAGGCGACGUUCUAAAGACGUCGACGAUUCGGCCGGCAUAAUUGAUAAGCGCAUCGUGCAAUAAUGGAUCGAGAUUCGUUAAGAAGUGGAGGCGUCGGUAGGAGGAGCGGGUCGCAAUCGCGCGGAUCGAUGCAACAACGAAAGCCGCUCAGUAUUCCGGCCAGCAGCGCUACCGACACUCCAACGACUGGAUCAGCAUUCGAUUCUUGCGGAAUCGACGCCCAAUCAGCUCUUUACGAAUCCAUCGACGACGACGACAUCGUCUACGAUCAAGGUUUUCCAAUGUCAUCGAGGCGCCAGGCCGUCGACAAGCUCGACCGGACCAUCACUCGACUCUACACAUAUCUGAGUGGCUCCGAAGAGGGCGAGGACGCCAAUGAUCUUGCAUCAUCGACGGGCAAUCAUCAGGCAUCGCCCAGUCAUCCGAUGCAACAGCAGCCACAGCGUGGCAGGAGGUCGCAGCAACAGCCGCCACAACCACCGCAGCGCGCCAGUAACAACAACAACAACUUCCAGCAACAUCAUCAUCAUCUUCACCAUCAGGAGCCCGAGUACCAGCAACCGUACGCUUACCCGCCAGCUCAUGCCCACCCGUUCAAUCCGUCAUCGCAACAACAUUUCAGUGGCGGUGGUGGUGGUGGCGGCGGUGGCGGACCAUUGGCCGGCACUGGCAACUCGUUGGGAGGAUCGACGCCCACGUCCAACAACAGCAGCGACCACGCCUCGGAGAUUACCUUUACCGAAUCGGAAUUAGCAUUGACUCAUCAAGGCACGCUACCCAUCUCCGGCAACGUUGGACUUUUGGUGUUGGACGACGAAGACGAGGAGGAUCACAACUUGGAUGAUCACAUUUCCGCGCAACAUCAACAACAACAAUAUCAGACGCCUCCAUCGAGAGGUACAAACAGUAGCAGCAUGGGCCGCCUGAAUGGCCGCCAAAUGGGACAUCCGUCGUCGACGGGCAUGACGACCCUGGUGUCGUCAUCCUCUUCGUCGAGCGGAUCGACGUAUCCGCAUCGCACGGCAAUGAUGAUGGCGCAGCACGUCCCGCAUUACCAACUGCCGCCUACGCCGCCCCACCAUGCCAUCCAUCCGCACCUCUCCGGCUACGGUGUCCAGCAUCCGCACCAUGUGGCCAAUAACAGUUUUAGCACAAAAGAUGUCAUGGACAACGAGAUGGACAGCGAUCCCACAACUCUACUCAAACAGGCGCCUUGCAGCUCCAAAUUUAUUCCUGCCGACCUGCCCAAGAACUCUACGCUGGACUACAAACACAAUUUGGCCGGCAGUCCGACCAAGAGUAAUAACGACAUGAAACAGCAGCAACUACAACAACAGCAACAGCAGCAGCAGCAGCACAACCCGAGUAGGUGUUUACUGAGAAUGUCCGGCGUCCGACCGCAGUCGAGUCUUUUCAGCCCUACCAGCCCACACAGCCGGAACGUCAUGGGCGGUGUAGGUGGAUUGCGGAAGAGCCUCAGCUUCUCUUCGCGCUGCUCCUGGAAGUGCACGGCCAUCUUGUUGAUGUUGACUUCGGCCGUCCUGGCUGCCGCCGUCGCUUAUCUAACAGCGGCUCACUUUGUCAACUGGCCACCCCAGCCGGCCAAAUCUCACGCCGUCAUGGUGGACGGCGGCGUGGACAGUAACGGUUACCUGACUACGGUCGUCGACGGUGUCAACGGCAGCGUCGUGAGCAGCGGCAACAGCAUCGGCAAUCAUGGAGGUAAUAACGCCUUAGCCUCUAUCACGUAUGUCCGUCUUUCCGAGCAAGAACAGAGCCAACUUGUCCAGCUGGCUCGUCUAGUCGCUUUCAAUCAGCGACGUGGUCGUGGUCGUGGUCGUCGUCAUUCAGCCAAUAUCCCCAUUCUGCCCACCACCGCUGUCCGACUCCCCACUUUUUCUUACCCCGCUUCCCCCUUGCGCGUUGUGCACAGUCAUCGGAUGAAACGGAACGUUGCGGCCGCCGGCCAGCCAAAAGAGAAAGGACGAGGUGAUCAAAACGAUAAGCAUCAGGAGGAGGAGGAGGAGGAUGGCGACGAUGUGAUCUGGGAAAUGCUGCGCGAUUGGAUAGCCCAAGAGCAGCGCAUGAUGGCGGCUGAUCAGCCGCCAUCGGAACGGCCUCAGCAGAAUGAGGAGACGCCGGCCGACGGCGUCGAGGCUUUCGAGAGCAGUGGCGAUAACAAAGAGUCUGGCAUUGUCAACAAGGAAAAUGAGAAAUCGGAUAAAGUCGUUACGGCUGAGCCGAACGAGGAGAAGAACGCCGAUGCGGGCAUGGCGGCUGGAGGUUUUGUCGAUGACUUGGUUCCGUCCGAAAUGGCCGUAGCCGAAUCGCUUAUUCUUCUGCCAACUGCCACGCCAUCACCUCGUCCAGCUGUUGGUCCAAUUUUCGCUCGGCAGCCAGAUCGGCCGACGACACAACGGCUGCAGCCAACCUCAAUAAUAACUGCGCUUGGAUCGUCGGAUUCAUCAUUCAACCGAACGGCGGAAUCCACUGCCAUUGCCGGCGGGCAUUUGUUAUUGCUGACCGAGAGCGAGAACGAGAACGAAAACGAUGACGACACUUCGACGGAAUUCGCGUACGACGAUCACGUCGUCGAAAUCGUUCCGUUGGAUCCUUUCGGCACGGCAAUUCCCGUCCCGGCGCCACAGCUGCGUCACGAAGAGGAGCUCACGUCUCCUUCGCACCGACCUCCCAUGAAUAAAACAACAUCCAAUUCGGCGGUGGAUGUCGUUGCUGACAGCCCGUCUCAUCCAUCAAACGGAGGCGACAACGAAUUAAAGCUCAAGCUCCUUGACGAGCCUCUUUCACCGACUCACGCGCUCCGUGCUCCUCUACCGACCGACGAUGAAGUCAGCACGAUCCAGCCGGCAAAUGAUGACGUUGCCGGAUUAUGGUCGACCGAGGCUGGUGGUGGGCCAACAGCCCCGCCAAGCGAUGGAUCGGCUUUUCUUCACGCUCUUGAAAUUCCCCGUCGUCUAAAUGCUAAUGUUUCGCAGUCGACGCCGUUGAACGUCACUAACGACACUCUUCCGCCGGACGCCGAUGAAAUUGAGCCGGAUCCGAGCGUCAACGGCACUUGGCCGUUGGUGAUUGUGCCUCUGGCUAGGCCUUUGGCAGUCACUGACGAUGCUAAUGGGGUUGUGAUGGACUCCUCCCAUGCCUCGAUCCUUUCAGUCAGCCUGGCGGGCAAUAUUUCUGAAGAACUCUUGUCACCCUGGGCGCCGCCGGACGUCAUCAGCUAUCGCGGCCCUGUUGUCCAGUCGGCUAUCUUUGCGCCCGAGUCCACCACCACCGUCUCCUUUGUCGAUGUAGACAACGCCGGAUGCCAUUGUCAAUGCCCUUCUGACGCUCUUGUUACUACCACUAGUACUACUACCCCUGAUCCUGUGCCCACCGAUGCCCUACCGACUUCCCUCUUCGUGACCCAAUCCAUUCCCGAGCCUGUCCCGCUCAGCUGUCCACCUCCUCCGGCCUGCGUAAUGACAGAAGCUUUAACUAACACCACUACUACCACUACCACCACUACUACCACCACUACGGCAAAGCCAAUCGUACCGACGGAAGCCACAACCACUCCGACAACAACAACAGCCACAACUCCGACUACCACUAAGAUGAUCCCUCCGAUAUUGAUCCUAGAAGGUAGCAACACGUUUCCGGCUCGUAGUUUCCCACCAGACGGCACGACGUUUGCCCAGGUGACACUGGGCGACAAGAUUUCCAACGUCAUACCGCCGUACAGCUACUGGAACAUGCAGUUCUACCACUCGGAAGCGGCUUAUGUGCGCUUCGAGCUUGGCCUACCCCGCAGUGCUAGUCUCGGACUCUACGGACGCCGGAACGCCCUGCCAACGCACACCCACUACGACAUGCUGCACAUCAUCAGUGGCUACAAGAGCCGAGCUAGACGUGCUUCCACGUCUUUGGUACAGAAGGAAGUAUUGCAUUACAUGGAACCUGGCCAUUGGUUCGUUUCGCUUUACAACGAUGAUGGAGAUCCUCAAGAGGCCACCUGUCUCAUCUCGCUGGCCCGUGACAUGACUCUCAGCUGCCCACGAGGAUGUAACGGCAAUGGCGAAUGCAUCUUGGGCCGAUGCCAAUGCAAAUCCGGUUUCGGCGGGGACGAUUGCAGUGAAAGUGUUUGUCCAGUACUCUGCAGUGGUCGUGGUGACUACAUCAACGGCCAAUGUCAAUGCAAUCCAGGAUGGAAAGGCCGUGAAUGCAGUUUGAAACACGAUGAAUGUGAAGUACCGGAUUGUUCUGGCCACGGAAAAUGUUCUGGUGGUAAAUGCCUGUGCGGACGCGGCUUCAAGGGUGAAUUCUGCGAUAUCGUGGAUUGCCCGCAUCCCACCUGCUCUGAUCAUGGAUUUUGCGUUGACGGAACUUGCUUGUGCAAAAAAGGCUGGAAGGGUCCGGAUUGCGCCCUCGUGGACAGCGACGCCAUGCAGUGCUUACCCGAUUGCUCCGGCGCUCAGGGCACAUUCAGUUUGGAGCUACAUAAAUGCGUUUGCGCUAGCGGUUGGACGGGCGACGAUUGUUCCAAAUCGGCCUGCGGCAUCAAUUGCGGCGGACAUGGAAGGUGCGAGGCUAGCGCUUGCGUCUGCGACCCAGGAUGGACGGGCGAAUUCUGCCAAGAACGACUCUGCGAUUCGAGAUGUAACGAGCACGGUCAGUGCAAGAAUGGCACUUGCCUUUGCGUUACCGGCUGGAACGGAAAGCACUGCACUCUGGAGGGCUGCCCUCGCGACUGUUCCAAACGAGGCCAAUGCAAAUCGACUGAAGGAAGUGGGUGGAGCUGUCGCUGCAAAAAGGGCUGGGAAGGGCCGGAUUGCAGCAUCCCUUUGGAACUGGAAUGCGACGAUGGCAAAGAUAACGACAAAGACGGUCUUUUGGACUGCGAGGACUCUGAUUGUUGCGCCACUCGCCACUGCAAGAAAUCUCCGUUCUGCGUCACGGCGCCCAAACCCAUCGACAUCCUGUUGCGCAAACAGCCACCGGCCGUAACGGCUUCUUUCUACGAGCGCAUGAAAUUCCUUAUCGAAGAAGGAAGUCUUCAAAGCUACGCCAAACAGGAUGCGUUCAAUGAAAGUAUGUUCUGGAGUCACUUCAAUUCGAGUCGAUCGGCGGUGGUACGAGGCAAGGUUGUGGCGGCUAGCGGACUGGGGCUCUUUGGCGUACGUGUCAGCAGCAGCAAUCCAUUGGAAGGUUUCACGCUGACGCGGGACGAUGGCUGGUUCGAUCUGAUGGUGAACGGAGGCGGUUCGGUCGUCAUUCACUUCGGACGCACCCCUUUCCGGCCAACAUCGCGAACAGUCAACGUACCCUGGAAUGAGGUGAUCAUUUUGGACGUGGUAACAAUGAAAACGGAAGACGUUUCAACUGCUCCGGCCGUCAGCGUACUGUGCGAAGCUCACGAUUAUGACGCCAUGAGACCAGUCGUUCUAGCCACCUGGAAGCACGGUUUCCAGGGAUCCUGUCCAGCUCAGAGCGCCAUUUUAGCUGAAUCGCAAGUUGUCCAGGAGAGUCUGGAAGUACCGGGCACUGGGGCUCAUUUGGUUUACCACAGCUCUCGAAGCGCUGGUUACCUAUCGACCAUUCAAUUGCAAUUGACUCCCGAUGUUAUUCCGCCAUCACUUAGCCGCAUCCAUUUGAAAAUCACCAUCGAAGGUGUCCUGUUUGAAAAACUAUUUGAAGCCGAUCCCGGCAUCAAGUACACUUACGCUUGGAAUCGCUUCAAUGUCUACAGGCAACGUGUUUACGGUGUGACUACGGCAACAGUCAAGGUUGGUUACGAGUACACCACCUGUCCCGACGUCUUGUGGGAGGUGCAGACGACCAAAUUGAGCGGUCAUGAUAUGAGCAUUUCAGACAUUGGCGGAUGGAACCUAGACAUCCAUCAUCGUUAUAAUUUCCAUGAAGGUAUUUUACAAAAGGGCGACGGAAGCAACAUGUACUUGCGCUAUAGACCGGAAGUGUUGCGAACCAUUAUGGGAGACGGACACCAAAGACCACUCGAAUGUUCCAGCAACGCUUGCGAAGGCCCAGCUGUCAAGCAACGCGUUCUGGCACCGGUGGCUCUGACAGCUUCGCCCGACGGCUCCAUCUACGUUGGUGAUUUUAAUCUCAUCCGCCGGAUCGGAACAGACGGCAACGUCAAGACGCUUCUUCGACUCAAUGCCACCCGAGUAUCUUAUCGCUACCAUAUGGCGUUGAGUCCCGUGGACAAUGUACUGUACCUGUCAGAUCCUGAAGCUCACCAGAUCAUUCGCGUCCGCAACAUGAACGAUUACAAUGACCCGGAACGCAAUUGGGAGCCCAUUAUCGGAUCGGGAGAGCGUUGCCUGCCCGGCGACGAGUUCAAUUGCGGAGAUGGCGGUUUGGCACGUGAAGCCAAAUUGGCCUAUCCCAAAGGAGUAACUGUUGCAGCCGACGGAACUGUUUAUUUCGCCGAUGGAACCAACAUCCGAGCUGUCGACAAGGACGGGCUCAUCAGCACGAUUGUCGGCAAUCACCAACAUCGCACGCACUGGAACCCUAUGCCUUGCGAGGGCACUCUGCCACUUGGCGAAGUGCGUUUGCGUUGGCCGACAGAGAUUGCCAUCAACCCGCUCGAUGGCGCCCUCCACAUAAUCGACGACCACAUGAUCGUUCGACUGACUAGCGACGGCCGGAUGAAGAUCGUUGCAGGUAAACCGCUCCAUUGCCCGGCCAGCCCCACCACUGAUUCGGUAGAUCUGGCCACUCAAGCUGGAUUGGUGAUGCCGCAAAGUUUGGCAUUUGGACCCAAUGGCGACCUUUACGUGGCCGAAAGCGAUUCGCAACGCAUCAACCGCGUUCGACGGAUCGGAACCGACGGCAGGAUUAUUACGGUGGCUGGAGCUGAGUCGAAAUGUAAUUGCCUGGACUCUGGUUGCAACUGCUACGAUGAGGAGCGUCACUUGGCCACCGCUUCGCGCUUCAACACCAUUUCAGCCAUCGCCGUUUCGCCGGACGGUGUUUUGCAUAUUUGCGAUCAAGCCAAUUACCGACUGAGGGCCGUCACGUCGAGCCUACCCACCGAAACGGGCACGAGCAGUACGACGUCGUUUGAUAUUUAUUCGCCCGAGACGCAGGAAAUCUACGUCUUCAAUCGAUUCGGCCAGCAUGUCGCCACCAAAAGCCUGGUGACGGGCCGCAAUAUCUACCUUUUUGGCUACAACGUCAACACUAGCAAUGGAAAAGUCAGCACCGUCACGGACUCGGCGGGCAACAAGAUCUUUUUGCUGCGCGACUAUUCCAAUCAAGUGACAUCCAUCGAGAACACGCGCGGUCACAAAUGUCGCCUGCGUAUGUCACGCACGCGUCUGCUGCAAGAGUUUUCAACGCCAGAGGGACGCAAUGUCACGUUUGAUUAUCACGGAUCUACCGGAUUGCUCAAGUCUCGGGUGGACUCCGGUCGCGGUCAAGGCGUCUCGUACCAGUACGAUGAUAAUGGCCGUCUCAUUUCCGCCAUUUCUCCCACCGGAGAGAUCAUCAAGUUAACUUUCGAUCUGAGUCUGAAAGGGGCCUCUGUUCAGGUGGUGCAUGGCAACCGCAGCCCAGUCGUCUACUUCAUCAAGCCGGGCUGGUCUGUCAGCAAGAAAAUCGGACAGGCCGAAGAAGUGGUUUCGAUGCAGCCGGACAGGAGUGUUGUGAUUUUGACGCCCUUUGGCCACGUCACGGCAACCGAGACCAGUCCGUAUGCAGCUGUUUUGGGCGAAUCCGACUCUUCGCUGGCCGAAACCUUUCCCGUGCCGGCCAAGCAGAAAGUGGAGAUCGGCGGCGAACUCGUCAGUCGAUUGGAAUGGCGUUACUUUGUCCGACGUCGGCGGGCCGAAAAGAAAGAUUUUGUCCAACUGGGUAAAAGAAUGCGCGUCAACGGCGAAAACUUGCUGACGGUCGAGUACGACAAAGAGAGUCUGAGCGAGGCUGUCUUCAUGGAAGACAGAGCCGUUGAGCUGCUCAACAUCACCUACGACGAUAUGUCGAGACCCAUCAGCUGGACGCCCGGACGAUCUUCUUCCUUCGCCGGCGUUGAAGUGAGCUACGAUCGAUUCGGCCAGCUGGCCAUGUGGAGACAAGGUGAUCUCUCCGAAUCCUACAAUUACGACCGAUCUGGUCGUCUGGCUGAAGUGGUUUUCGCCGACGGUAGCAAGUUGAUUUAUUCAUUCCGCGACGCGUUCGCUACCCUUCCGUCGCAAUUGACAACCGAACGCGGCCACACGUUCCUUCUCCAUCAUAACAACAUCGGAGCUCUGCAAUCGGUGACGACACCACGCGGCCACAUCCACUCGUUCGGCUUGCAAAUGGUUCCGGGUGCUACCAAGUUCUUGUACCACUCUCCGGCCAGCCGCCUACCCUUCCAGUUGCUGUUGGAUGACCAGGGUCGCGUUCAGUCCAAGUUGUACCCUGCCGGCGCUCGUAUUGUCUACAUUUACGACGAAGAAUCUCGACUGGCCAAAAUUAUAUCGGGCGUCGCAGAGACAUCUCUCGACUAUUACAGCGAAACUGGUCUGCUGAAAACGGCCGAAGUCAAAGAGCGGCCAGGUUACGAAGUGCGGAACGAAUUCAAGUACCACGGAGGUUUGGUCAAAGAAGAGCGAACGAAAUUCGGAAGCAAAACUGGGCUGGACAAUGCCAGGACUCGUUGCAAGUACGACGGUAACGGGCGUUUGGCUUUGAUCGAAACGGAACUGAACGGUCGGGAGCUUCCGCCGCACGCUUUCUCGUACAAUCAAAAUCUGGGAUUAUUGGAGGGUGUCAAUGACUUGCGGGUUUACCGCAACGCUUUCAACCGCACCGUCAUCCAGGAUUCGACCAAACAUUAUUUCCGCAUUUCGGAUCGCGAUCAACACGGACGGACCGCAAUGGCCCUCAUAAACAUCAAAGGUUACGACGCUUUCAAAUUCGAGCUGGAUUUUGAUGUCCGCGGACGUGUGCGCCAUCGUCGCAUCACCAUUGGCCAGAAGCUUUCAAGCUACAACGUGACGUACAACGCUGAAGGCGGAUUGCUCCAAGUCCAGCACCAAUCGCAGGGAUUCUCGUCUGCCGGAUCGUUGGGAGGCGCCGGAGGAAGGAGUUACACCUACACGUACGAUGACAACGGCAACAUUUUGACCAUGUCCAAUGGAGAACAAGCUAAAAUCAGCCUAGUUUACGAUGCUGGUGACCGAGUUAGCUCUUUCGGGGAAGGGCAAACAGUGACGUAUGAUUCGCGCGGUUUCGUUGUCCGUCGCGGCGCUCUGAAGUUGGCGUACAAUGACCGCGGUCAGCUGUCGUACGCCAGCAGUGACGCAGCCAGUUCCAAGUUCCGCGUCUGGUACAAUUACGACUAUCGCGGCCGCCUUUCUGUUUGGCGAGACGAUAAAGGCAACGUGACCCAGUUCUUCUACACGAAUCCGCUAAAGCCUCAGUUGCUGACGCUUUUGCACUGGCCCAAAGAGAGCCGCACGCUGAGGAUGUACUACGAUGUCAACGACCAUUUGAUUGCCGUCGAGUCACCGGAGCAACGCUGGUACGUUGCGAGCGACGAAACGGGCACACCUUUGGUCGUUUUCAAUGUUCAUGGAUCCGUGAUGAAAUUGAUGGAGAGGACGCCGUUCGGGUCAACGGUUCUGGACACGGAGUCUGGCGUCUACAUCGGCGUGGAUUUCCGGGGCGGAAUACUCAGCCCGCAUACUGGAAUGGUUCAUUUCGGUGGAAGAGUUUACGACCCGUCGAUCGCCCAGUGGCUAACACCCGAGUGGGAACACCUAGUCUCGCGGUUGAAAAAUCCGCAAGACAUCUUCGUCUACCGCUUCCAUGGCAACGAUCCCAUUAGCGUUGAAAGAGAGACCCGCUACAUGACAAGUCUAGAUGACUGGUUGCAAUUGUUUGGCUACUCGUGGAGCAACAUUGUUGGUGCAGAGUAUAGUUCGGCAGCCGUUUUCAACCAACUUUCUGAAAUGGACACGAAAAAUGCCGUUGGCCAUUUUGGAGUCAUAUCCGGCCUGCGUUGUCUGACUGAAAACGUGCAAAAUGGAUUUUCGGUCCUGAGCUUUGUGCCCCCUCCGAAACUGCGGUCGGGAGGCGAGCUUCGUCGCAACCCUUUGCCUGGUAUCGCUUACAGAAAACCGGCUCUCGGUGAAGGUAUUUUGCUGUCACGAGCAGGAGGUCGUGUCGCGGUCACCCUGCUGCCCGAUUCACAAGGCAGCAGCGGUGGCAUCUUGCAAGAUGUUUUGGGCUCGGUGCUCGGUGACAGUUCUACCACACACUGGUUAGACAUGCGCACCGGAACUGGCCAACAGGAAAUCUUCUAUUUCGUCAAAGAAAGUCUUGCAAAACUACGUGACGACCAGGAGGAUUUGAAACGCCUCAGUGGCCAGUUUAACAUAACGCUGGUAGAAAACCCUGCCGAACAAGGUGGUGGUUCCGAAUUACGGUUAGCCAAUGCUGAUCUGUCGGUCAGCAUCAGCUACGGCGUUGAAGUUGAUGCGGCCAGACAGAGAAUUCUCCGCAUGUCUCAUCGGCGAGCAGUUGAAGCUGCUUGGCUUCGCGAGAAACAGCUGGUUGAGAGCGGCUUACCCGGUCAACAAGUCGACUGGAGCGUUGAAGAAAGAGUAGAACUGAUGACGAGCGGACGAGUCGAUGGUUUCGUUGGGUCUGAUUUGCACAGCAUUUACGACUACCCGCAAUUGGCAGAUGAUGCCAGUAACAUCAUCUUCCGAAGAGACGACACGAAGCGCAAACGACGCAAGAGCCACCGUCUUUCGGCACGCCAACAAAGACGGGGGCUUUCGCAACAUUGAAAGCACGGUUGUAUAAUCAAUCCACUAACAGAUCAUCGUACGUUGAAUAUACUCUAAAACAGUAAUGUGCUUUUUAAAAGAAAAAAAAGAAAAGAGAACAAAAAAAAAAUUAUGAUUGAAAUUUUUGUCGUUCUACUCUGUAACCUUUGACGGAACCACCUGCGUUGUAUUUUGCGUCAUCAGAAAACUACUCGAGCCGAAUAAUGAAGCGUAGUCAUCACCGUCUCAUGUGAUAAUCAAAUAUCGAGAUGGAAUCCGAGUAGAGACAUACUUCGACAUAUUUGAUGGCUUUUAUUUUCCUUCCCUGUCCAUUUCUAUAUAUUACAAACACACCCACCAGUAAAAGAGUAUAUAUUGGAAUCACUAUUGACAUUGGAACAUGUUUUUUUUUUUCUGUAUUUUUAAAGUUGUGUUAGAGUUGUAACGUUUUUCUGUUAUUCCUUUCGUGUAAAUAUUUUCUUAUCUACGUGGACGAAAAUGUUUCGCCGACAUCACACCGCCAGAUUCAUUUUGGAAUUUCGCCCUUUUUUUCCCACAUCAUGCAAUAUAUGUUGGUUUGAAGAGCGCGCUGUUUGAUGAUUCAAAAUGCCAAAAUUCUCCUUUUCAUAUGUACGUGUACGUUACUUCAACAUGACGGGCCUUGUCAUAAUAUUCACAUCUUUAUCGUAUAAUAAUCUCGGUAUGCAAGGCAAACAAAAAAAACUAAUGAAUCUGAUCAUGUGCAUCUGAAAUAAAUACAUAUUGUUGUACUGUA